AUGAGCAAUAUUAGAAGCAGUGGUCCAAUUUACAUUAAUUUAUCAUAUCCAGAUACCAGAAGAAAAGUUCAUAUUACUUUUAAAUAUAAUGAUAAAUUUACAAAACAAUCUAUUAUCAUUCAAAAUGAAUGGGUUUCAAUGAAUAGAGUCAUUGAUCAUUUGAAAGAAACCCCCAUUAUCAAGGGUGUAUUCGAAUCAAACAAAGAGCGUCAACUCUAUUUAUUUACAACCGAUGAUAAACUUGUUCAGUCAUUGACAGAGUUGGUGAACGAUCAAAGGUUACUAUUAAAGUUUGAACCAAUCAAUUCCGCCGUCGAUUACACAACAGAAGUUGCAGCUAAAAUCAUCACACCAUCUGAGAAAUCAGUAAACAAUACUCAAAAAUCGGAAGAUGAUAUGUUCGAACGCCAAUUUCAUUUGUGGGAAAAAGAAUAUGUUGCCGAUUCCGAAUUCCUAAAUCAAUGUUACGAUUUGAAAUCUAGGUAUCCCAGCCGUGUGGAGAUUGGUGAAUCCUAUCCGUAUAGAGCACGUAUCUAUUUCUCUAGCUUUACGGAUCUAGCGGCUUGGGUUUACUUGGUGGAUAGACCUGGUUUGUGCCCAGAGUACACUGUCUACUCUGAAAAUACUCAAAUCUACUGUGCACUAAUGAAUAUCUUGAAGGAAUCGCUCACCGAUGCAUCGCUUAUCGACAGCGUAAUGGAGGGCUGCUUUGAAAAGAUCCUUGAAAUCGACAGCCAACAAAAAGAAGGUAAUUUUGCACCAUACCUAGACGACGAUAUCAUCAAGAUCUUCCCAAAGGAUUUUAAAGAGGCACCGACAAUGACCAAAUCCAAUAUUUUCUAUCAUAUCUAUCAAAGAGAAUCUUCUCUAUCUUCAAAGACAGGUGUACCGAUUUCGAUCUGUAAGAAAUCACUGUUGAAUUUCAAAGAUAAGUUUGUCGAUGCAAUGUUGGCCUUGAAGAAACAGUAUCCAAAUAUCACCCCAACCAAAGAGAAGAAUGAUAUUCGAGCGUAUCGAUUUGAAAUUAACAAUGAAUUGGAAUGUCCGAUUUGCUUUUGUGAGCAUGACCCUUUGUCUGCUAUUCAACUUUCCUGUGGACAUUCGCCAUGCCAACAAUGUUUCCAACAACAUAUUCAAUCCAGUCUCUCUGAGGGCAGAGGUAACAUUGCUCCCAUCGCCUGUCCAUCAUUCAAAUGUCCAAACUUUAUUGAUUCCGUUUCAAUCGCUACUUCACUCAAUUCCAACCAAUGGAGACUCUGGACAAAGAAGAUAUUCGAAGAGUUUCUCAUGAUUACCGAUUCAAAGUUUUGCAAGACACCAGAAUGUAAUAGAAUUAUGUACACCUAUCCCGGCAUUAGCAAAACCAUUCCGUUUGUACCGUGCGGUUGCAAUAAGACAUUGUGUGCGUGCUGUGGUAUCUCUGCUAUUCAUUGGCCUAACCCUUGUCGGGAGGGAGACGUAUCAGCUGAGAUCUGGAGAGAUAUUGCCUCUGUUGCCCGAGUUCUGAGGGAAACAACUCUUUGUCCAAAGUGCAAUAUGGCAAUCUUUAGAACGGAAGGAUGCAACCAUAUGGUUUGUAAACUUUGUAAUUACGUUUUUUGUUAUGAUUGUGGAUCUAACUAUCAUAGAGGCACGUGUGUCAUAUCAAAUGGUCAAAAAAAUCUUAAUUCAGCCACAAUUGCAACCAGAAUUUUAUCGUUGGAUAUCUCUGGUUCCAUUUUAACAAAGAUGAGCAAGUCAAAUAACAUUCCAUUUAUAGUUCAAUUUCAACGUGCCUUCAUGAAAUAUAAAGCCAAGAGUGAAGAAGAAGAAAAUGUUUUCCAACAUAUAAAGAAAUAUUUGAAACUGAUUGCCACCACUUCAAAUGGAAAGAAAAAGAAUGAAUUGUGUGGUGAACUUUCUGUUCAUAUUGGCGAGCUUUGGGAUUUACAAAAGGGAAAAGAGUUUAAACCCCGAAAGCUCCGUUCUUCAAUUAUACAAUCAAGUGAAACCGAUGUUUGGAUUAAAACCUUGAUGUGUGAUAUUUCGUUGAAUGGAUACAGCGAAGUGGUUUCCCAAAUGUUUGUAAAUAGCAGUCUAGUGCUAUUCAAAAUGGAAAUCAUUAGAAUUCUCAAUAAGAAACUGGUUAACAAGAUCAAUUUCAACAAUGACUCUAGUUUAGAGUCUCAAAAGACACUGAGAAAGAUUCGACUUUUUACAAAUGAUGGCUAUGAAAUUCUAUCGGUCAACGAUAUCUCUCAGUCCGAACAUAUCUUUGUUUCGUUGGAUGGCGAAAUGUUUAUCACUCAACCAACCGAUGCUGGCAAUCCAAAUCUCUUGGACAGAAAGAAACAAUUGGAAAAGAUAAUUACCACACAUUUCAACAACAAGGAGAGUGCAUUGGAAGAACUCAUCGACUUGAGAACCAACCCCAUCUAUCACGAAUUGGAACUCUCUGAUCAAACUAUUUCAGAUGACCAAGCUAUCAUUGAAGCUCUUCAAGAGUUGAAUGAAGAUGACUUUGAUUUCUAUGAUGAUGAAGAAUGUGAAGAUGUUGAAGUUUUCGAUAAAUAUUCAGAAUAUAUUGAAAACUAUUAA